AUGCAGGCUUUCGUCCCCAAGAAUAGAAGGCCCAGAUUUGAGCUAGUCUUGAGGAUCAAUGAUAUCAUCAACGUUCCUUUGAACAACGGUACUGCGUGGGUGCGAUGGCGCAUACCAUCGUCAAACGCUACAUCAGAGCACCAAGGUCACACUGAAAAAGCACCUCUGUCAGACCAUCGCGCAUACUGGAAUUACGAAAAGACUCUCCAAGUGAGGCUUACCAUCGAUAAAUCAUCGAUGCUCCAAGAAUGCGAAAUCAACUUUGAAGUCUUCCAGGAGUUCCACUCCUCCCUAGCCAAUGAAAAGAACGUCCUGGGGAAAAUUAAGCUCAAUCUUGCUGAGUAUGUGGACAAGGUCGAGGAGGAUGAGGGUGUUGUCAGGCGAUACCUGAUGUUCGACAGCAAAGUCAACAGCACUGUAAAAAUUGGCAUUGCGAUACGCCAGUUGGAAGGAGAUCGCAAUUUCAUAACGCCAUCCCUGAAAUCCGCUACUGUGUUUGGUGGAAUCGCAAGGGUCGUGCACUCCGCCGACCCCAGCGACUCUGAAGAGCUGGGACAUAUGCCAGCAAUCAACACAAAAAGCAGAGAAAUUGCCGACAUGCAAGAUAUCUAUCGGCGUACCCUGGCGGCUUCCUGGACGUCCCGAGCGGGCGACCUGCCAGCAGACAAACUAGUCGAGGAUCUAUUUGCCGGCAGUUCUUGCUGGACCAACGAUGUUCAUAAUAGCCCCGACCUUUCGGGGAGUGAGCACGGAUCCCCUUUUCUCAGUGCAGAUGCGGCAGUAAAGCAAACUCGCUCAGGAAAGAGAUUGUCGCCCGGCUUCGAAAAACGUCCCAAGAGCUCCUCUAGUAACCAUUCUCGUGGUAGCGGCAAAGCACCGGGCACGGUCUCUUCACUUGGCCAUCCUCAGAAGGGUAGUAGCCUUGAGCAGCAAUUAUAUGACGGGGCAAAAGGGCGCGGGUGGAAGAGUCGAAACGCAGAUAACGAAAAGUGCGAGUUUGAUGUUCGGGAGGAUCUGCGAAGCUGGGAAAUCACCGCGAAAGAAUAA